GCGUUCGUCGCAUCCUCCAGGCGGACCAAGCGUGGCACUCUUUCGUUUCCCCAUUGCCAAUGGUAGGAAGAUAGAAGCAAUAGAUGUACAGUAGUGCGUUUCAUAUAAGCUGUUCCUUGCUAAGCAAAGCAGCAGUAGCUGAGCAGCUUGUGAAGUGAUCGACAGAGACCAAGACUCGUAUUCUCUUCAGCAACAUUCGUCUCGCAGCACUAAGUGCAUAUGUCUCUCUCUCUUUGUCUCUCUCGCAUCACAAGAUGGCAGUAGCAAAUCUCUUCAUUGCAACACUGUUUGCUGUCAUUACGACGGGAUGCCUGGCUUCUCUCCCUAUAUCCGAGACAACUGACUGCCUGACAACGCUCAUUCGCCUGUCGCUGAUUCCUCGAAAUGAAUGGCAUCGCACAGAGGCCUCAUUCAGAGCAAAUUCAGCAGACCAAGCGCUGUUCGACUUCUCAGAGAGAUUUCGCGACGCCAGUGACCUACUCCAAGACUUGGGCAUAAACAGAACCGCCGAUCGCUACAAGCUGUACACAUGUUUGAAUCGAGGUGCUAGCUCGACAUCGCCGUGCAGGAUCAAGUCACCGUGUGGUGGAGGGCUGUGCACGCUACUGGACACUGACUACCUGUGUGUGUGUAAUCCAGGGUAUACUGGUGCGGACUGCAGGCAAGAACUGAACGAGUGUGAAAUACGUCGGCCGUGCUUGAAUGGCGGAACAUGUCUGGACCGAGUCAACAAUUUCACCUGCACAUGUCCAGAGGGCUACUAUGGGAGGAGAUGUGAAACAGAUCGCAACGAGUGUGCCAGUAGUCCAUGUGUAAAUGGCCAGUGCAUAGAUGUAGUUAACGGCUUCACGUGUGAAUGCGUCAGUGGAUACACAGGAACCGUGUGUGACGAAGAUGUUGACGAGUGUGCCUCAUCACCAUGCCAACAUGGCAAGUGCAGGGAUAGAUUUAAUGCGUACAAGUGCCAUUGUGCGGCCGGCUAUACGGGAAUCCAUUGUGAAACAGAUAUGGACGAGUGUGAGAGCAGCCCGUGUCAGCAUGAGGGGACAUGUCGAGAUGCAGUCAAUGCCUAUACGUGCUUCUGUCACCUGGGCUACGAUGGUCUCAACUGCGAGAACAAAUGGAUAUCCCGCAGCACAUUUGAAAGCAGUCGUGGAACAACAUACACACGCUGGGGGAGACAAGACUGUCCCGACGGCACUGAGCGAGUAUACACGGGAUACUCGGCAGGUUCUGACUAUGGACACAAAGGCGGUGGAGCUAACAUCCUCUGCCUUCAUCGGGAACCCUUGUAUGGACGCAGCGCAUCCCACCAAUGGGGUUCUCCCAUCUACGGUGUCACGUAUCAUCUUUCUGGGCAAUCACAACCGUACACUGGAGCGUCACUGGAGGGUAAAACAGUUCCUUGCACUGUGUGUCUGGCCACGAACAGAAGCAGUACAGUUAUGAUCCCAGCCAGGAACGACUGUCCGGAAGAAUGGCAUCUCGAGUAUCAUGGCUACAUGAUGGGCUCACCAUACAACAGCGAUUUUCGUGGAGAAUAUCUAUGCUUUGAUGAUGCUGCUGAAGGGCUGGGCCCGUCCGGUACUCCAGGUCACCGCAUAUCCCCAGUACAAAUUGACCACCCCUAUGGUCUGCCUAGUGUCUACGUUGAGCCCAAGGAGAUUACCUGCUCCGUGUGCACUCGCUAGCCACCGCCUGCCCAUUGCCGCCAUUGCUUGCUACAUUUCAUGUGUGAUGGUCCAGAGACCAUACAUGUACAUGCACCCUAUCUUUGUUCAUUUUUUCAAGACUAACACAAAAAAACCUUGUGCUGUUUUCAUGCUAUUCUUAUGCUCGUACCACCAUCCAUCUUGGAGCUGGUAACUGCUUGAUAUGUACUAGUUAUCAAUGGUCUCUUCGGUGUACUUUGCAGGAAGUGCAUUUCGUAGAAACAAUCGAUGGCUUUACCUUCCAUUUACUUUGUUAGACAAGCCUAGGCCAUUUUCACUACAUCCAGCUCACAUGCGUUAGGACAACAUGGUCACUCAUGUCAAGUGACGUCACUCACAUGACGUCACUCACGUGAAGACCCUCAGCUAGCUUGCUUUGCCCUUCCCUGUGCCUGGUGUUGUUCUUUGUUGUUUUCUUUAUUUUGAAUUCGCUAAAACCAAACCGA